GACUCAGUCUUCCUAUGCUGACAGUGAAGGGAAAUGGUAAGCAGAAGUGUCGGUGGAACAUCCGUGCGUGACUCAGAGGAAAGCAAGGUUAUUUCUCCUCAGGAGAACUGCUCUUUUAUAAGGAGAAAGUAACGGCAAUGUUUGAAGAAUGGAUGAAUAUAAUACCUCGGAGAAUUCCUCUUGUGACCCUAUACUGGCACACCAUUUAACACCAGUUUACUUCAUAGUGCUUAUUGGCGGGCUGGUAGGCGUCAUCUCCAUCCUGUUCUUAUUGGUGAAAAUGAACUCACGUUCAGUGACUACCAUGGCUGUCAUUAACCUGGUGGUGGUCCAUGGGGUAUUCCUAAUGACAGUGCCUUUCCGCUUAGCUUACCUCAUCAAAGGGACUUGGACAUUUGGAUUGCCCUUCUGCAAAUUUGUGAGUGCCAUGCUACAUAUUCACAUGUACCUCACUUUCCUCUUCUACGUGGUGAUACUCGUCAUCAGAUACCUCAUCUUCUUUAAGCGUAGAGACAAAGUAGAAUUCUACAGAAAAUUGCAUGCAGUUGCUGCCAGUACUGCCAUGUGGCUUUUGGUGAUUGUCAUUGUUGUACCCUUGGUGGUUUCUCAGUAUGGAAAUAAUGAAGAAUACAAUGAGCAACAGUGCUUUAAAUUUCAUAAAGAACUUGCCCGAGAUUAUGUGCAAGUCAUCAACUAUAUGAUAAUCAUUAUUGUCAUAACCAUUGCAAUGAUUCUCUUGGGUUGCCAGGCCUUCAUCACAUUGUCCAUGGUGCGGAAGUUUCGCCAUUCCUUACUAUCCCACCAGGAGUUCUGGGCACAACUGAAAAAUCUUUUCUUUAUAGGUAUCAUUCUUAUUUGUUUUCUCCCCUACCAGUUCUUCAGAAUGUAUUACUUGUAUGUCGUGGCACAUUCCAAGAGCUGUAUAAACAAAGUUGCAUUUUACAAUGAAAUCCUCUUGAGUACAACAGCCAUCAGCUGCUGUGAUUUGUUGCUCUUUGUCUUUGGAGGAAGCCACUGGGUUAAGCAAAAGAUUAUUGACAUAUGGAAUUGCCUUUUGUGCCAUUAGCCGAGAUUACCAUAUUCAUUUCUUCAGGUCGGGUGUGGGAAUAAGCAAGGAGCUAAGAAUGCCUUUCAUUGCUUCAUCGAAAUCUUGCCUUGGCCCAAACAAACAAAAGGAAUAAAAAAUGUUCAAGUGUUUCACCC